UGGUAAGGAAAAUGUAAAUCAAUCAUUUCCAUUUCAAAUUGUACUCUGAUUAGUUUCAUUGUUUUUAGUUCUUUAUUUUACCCAACAAUUUACAAUGAAUCGAAUUUUGAUUAAGAAACCGUUUUCGAACUCGACCAAUGUUCACAAUAAUCGUUCAGUUUAUGAACCUCCGGCAAAACAAAAGACUGUCAUUAGGGAAGAUGACGAUGAUGAUAGUGAAUUGAGUCGAAUUGGUCCCAAUAAUAAUAUUCAAGUCUACAUUCGAGUUCGCCCUGAGAAUGAGAGAGAAUCUCGGACAAGAAGAAUUAUUGAAGUGGUUGAUGAUCAGAGUUUACUAUUCGACCCGUUGACAGAUGAUGGUAACACUUUCACCUAUCAUGGUAAAAAAUAUAAAGAUAUCGGUAAAAAGGCCAACAAGGAUUUGUCGUUUUCGUUUGAUGCUGUUUUCGAUGAAGGAACAACAAAUAUUCAAGUGUAUGAAAGAGCCGUUAAAGGUUUUGUCCAAUCUUUACUGGAUGGUUUUAAUUGUACCAUUUUCGCCUAUGGUCCAACUGGAUCUGGUAAAACUUUCACAAUGUUGGGAUACAAUGGUGAUCCUGGUGUAAUCUUUUAUACUGCCAUGGAAAUAUUUCACAAUAUUGAGCAGCGACCAUCGGAUGAACAAUAUGAAGUGUGUGUUGCUUAUUUUGAAAUUUACAAUGAAAAAGUGCGUAACCUGUUGACACCAAGUUCACAAGUUCUCAAGGUUGUUGAUUCCAUGUCUGGUGGUGUAGAUAUUUUAGGACUUACACUGAGAACAGUUGGAAAUGCCGAUGAACUCAUUGAAACUCUUGAAACUGGUAAUCAAUAUCGAGCCCAACAAGCAACCGAUGCAAAUGCAACAUCUUCACGUUCACAUGCGGUUUUCCAACUAUUUUUACGUAAGAAAACCUGCCCGAAAGGUAAACAACUUGUAACACAGGAAACGAAGAUGUGUCUUGUAGAUUUGGCAGGUUCGGAAAGAGCUUCGAUUGCUUACAAAGAGAAACGUUCUGAAACUUUACACCGAGAAGGAAUAAAUAUCAACAAGUCUCUUCUCGCACUUGGAAAUUGCAUCAAUGCUUUGGCCUGUAAAAGUCGUAAAGGUCUUAAAAAACAUAUUCCUUAUCGAAGUUCAGUGUUAACCAGGAUAUUAAGUGAUUCUCUCGGUGGUAAUUGUCGAACUGCAAUGAUCGCUACUGUCAGUCCAUCAUCUUUAUCAUAUGAUGACACUCACAACACUCUCUCAUAUGCCAACCGGGCAAAAGGAAUCAAUUUAGCGGUAAAGAGGAGAAGUAGCGUCAUCGGUGUUCAACCGCGUCAUCAACAAAUGGCUCUUGAUGCCUCAAAUCAAGAAAAUAUUUCUCUGGCAGAGGACAAUAUUCUAUUAGAACAACAGGUUGCUGAAUCGCCACGAAUACCUGCAAAUCCUAUCACAGCCGAUUCUUCAUCUCUUGAUAUUUUAAACUCGUAUCAAAAUAUUCUAGAUGAAAAGUUUAAGAAGCGACUUGAGCUGAGAAGAAAACUCGUAGAAUGUGAUGACGAAAUUGAAAAAAUCAAGUUGAAAUACCUUUUAGAGAAUAUGCUUAAGGACAGUCGUCAACAAAAUGAAGGUGCUGAUGAAAACAAAGAUGAUAAAAGGGAGCAAUAUCGGGUUUGUCCCAUGGAUGGCUGCCCUUACACAAUCCCUAUUUCCAAUAAUAAUUUCUCCAAACACAAGGGCUACCACGGGGUGGCUAAGUUAAUUCAAGAAAAAAUUUAUUUAACUCAUGAAGAAUACACAAUCAGGAAGAAUGAUUGGAAAAUUUUUAAAAAGCAGAAAGAAUUGGAAGCUGUGUUUGAAGAACGGAAGAAUUUAUUCGUUUGAAAGUCGCAACAGAUGAUUACUUUAUUGAUGCCUUUUUCCGAGAGAAACACAUGCAAGUCGAACUUCAAGAUAAAAUAAUGACCGAUAAACAUCAUUCUGAAGUUUCCUACACGAUUAUCACCCAGUCGCAAGUUUGGCUCG